AUGACCCCACCAAAUUCUCCUAUGGUGGAGGCAUCAGCAGUCAAAUUCCCCGAAAUUGGGCCAAAGGAUUCCUUUGUGCAGAUAGUGAAGACUUUAUCAGUUUACUUUAUCGAUGAAAUCGACACGCCGUCCACAUUCGACCAAUUGAGGACAACAUCUGCGGGAAACAAGAUUCGUAUUCUCGUGGAGCACCUCGUUAUGAAUGUCACCAACCCAGCUUUAAUAAAUGCUCUCCUCACUUUGAAAUGGCACUUCUCUAUCCUGGAAGCUGAUGAUCGGGCGCUGAAUGAGACCCGAGCCUCUGCGUGUGAAAUUGUGGCCUGGCGCUUCCUAAGCCGCAUAUCAGAACAGGAUGCGGUCAAUUUCUGUCUUUACGAACUACCCCAGCCAACACACCCAGAGUCCACAGAGGCGGUGGAUGCUGGCGACAAUGUCACGGAAAUUUCGAGCCUCUUACCGCAGUUUCGAGCUCGAGAAUCAAUCAGACCUGGUACUAGUAGUACGAGAGUUGAUCUCCUACGAUCAGUCUCGCAUAUGGGAGACCUCUUUGCACAUGAGAUGGAUGGUGAAGAUGAUGAGGAAGAUCCUACAUCAUCGUUCACUGGACUAAAUGGGCUCGAAAUUGCUGCUGUGGCCGAUUGUAAGAAAUUUCUCAGUCAAAAAAUUGUUCAAAGGGUUAUUACAGGGAUCUGGAAGGGGGAUAUAACAUUCUGGGAGAAACUCAGCGCGAAUACCAAGAAAAAGCCGCAAUUCUACAACAGAAGAUAUUCAGAUGCAUUCACAAGAUUACGAGUACCGAGAUAUAUUAAGGCUUUUGAGGUCCUAUUUUUCGCCACGUUCCUCGUACUUUAUUAUGCCGUCCUUAUUGAGCGGAAUCCCUAUCACAUCACCCCCUUCGAAGUCAUGCUUUACAUUUGGCUUGCUUCCUUCGCCUACGAGGAGCUCGGCGAAUUUAUUGAUGCAGGGUCAAUAUUCUAUGCAGUCGACAUAUGGAAUGGAUGUGAUUUGUUCAUUAUAUUGAUAGGCGCGGUUUUCUUGGUAACAAGGACAAUUGGACUUGUGAAAGAUAGUGACAAGAUCAUUGACAUAUCAUUUGAUAUUCUGUCCUUGGAAGCAUUAUUCAUGGUCCCGAGAAUAUGCUCGCUCUUGAGUUUGCACCCAUACUUUGGCACUCUUAUCCCGUGCUUGAAAGCGAUGGCCAGGGAUUUUGUCAAGUUUAUGGUUGUUGUAGCUGUGCUAUAUAUGGGAUUUCUUACGACUUUCACGCUUCUUGCCCGAGAUACAUUCACCUUAUCGGAAAUGAGCUGGAUUUUGAUCAAGGUCUUUUUUGGAUCUAGCUAUCUAGGAUUCGACAUAAUGAACGACAUCUCGCCGCAACUUGGGCCACCCCUUAUGCUCAUUUUUGUGUGCAUGACCAACAUCCUACUGAUCACAUCCCUGAUCAGCAUUCUAAGUGAUAGCUUUUCCAAAGUCAUUGCUCAUGCCCGAGACGAAUACCUCUUUGUAUACUCAGUCUAUGUUCUUGAGGCAUCCACAAGCAACCGACUCACCCAUUUCUAUCCUCCCUUAAAUCUCUUCCCCUUAAUAUUCAUUCGACCCCUCCGACUCUUCAUAUCCUCAGAGAAACUCCGCAGUAUUCGUAUCGUAGUCCUAAAAAUAACCCAUCUCCCCAUCGUCGCCGCCAUCUUCCUAUUCGAGACUAUCCACGCCCAGAUAAAGGGCGGAGGCGCAUCAACAUUCUCAUCUACCGAACCAAGCUUCCAUCUAGACCCUACCAGAAACAUACGACCACCACGCCCGCGCCCACGGCCCUUCCUAUCAAGCCGCGCCAACACCACCAAAACCUCCCAGCAUUUCCCCACAGGGGACGGACCUUCCAGUCCCAAGAUCCAGACAGGGAAAGAAAUAAAGCAUCCGGGGAUGGUAGUCGUGGAUACUAAUAUCCCGUUGUCUUUGGAAAAGAAGGUGGAUGGCUUGAAUGAGAAGAUUGCGGAGCUGACUGCUUUGAUAAUGGCGCAGCAGGGACUCCCCCCUUCUGAUGACUCGGCGGGAGAAGCAGAAUCCCCAUUAUAG